GCUGUAGUUCGGCGUGCUGCCCGCGAGGGCUGAGGUGGCGACCGCAGCGACCCGGCCCCGGCAUCGCGCGCCCGUGAAGGUUUCCGCGUCAGUGCUGUUGGGUGCCGGGGGCCGCGGACCCGGCCCAGAAAACUGCCCUCCACAGCGCCUCCGCGGAUUAACGGCCACCGGCGCGCGCUGCGUCUCCAUGGCGACGGCCUUUCUCUGCGAGGACCCCGGCAUAGGGGCUGCCCCGCGGCGCCUGCUUGACGAGGCGAGCUCGCAGCCGGAGCAGCGGGCGGGCUGGGGACUGUAGGACUGCGCUGCUGCCGUGGAGCGAGCGGACAAGUGGGCUCCGCCCCGAGUGAAGGGGUCGCCGGUGGCCUGGCGGCUGUCUGGGCCCCCGGGCCUGCGUCGCGGGCGCUGAGCUGGCAGGGCGGGCCGGGGCGCGGGCGUCGGUGUCGGCAGCUGCAGCUCCUGCUCCGCCUUCAGGGGACCGAGUGUACGGCUGUUACCAAGACCAGGCUCUUGCCUUACUAGAGCCAAGAGUGUGUCAAGGAGACAGCCACAUCACUCCGGAAAUAUAUAACAGCGGAAAAGCCCCGGGCUAGGGAGGUCAAGGAGAUGUGGGAGCUCAGGAGAGGUGCAGCUCAACGUGGCGUUUGGAGGAGGCUGCCUUGACUCCUGAAAACCAAGUAGGAGCUAGCUGAAUGAAGAGGGUUAAUAACUAAUAUUUAUAUAAGACAGAAGAGAAAGAUGUCAUUCCGUAAAGUAAACAUCGUCAUCUUGGUCCUGGCUGUUGCUCUCUUCUUACUGGUUUUGCACCAUAACUUCCUCGGCUUGAGCAGUUUGCUGAGGAAUGAGGUUUCAGAUUCAGAAAUUGUGGGGCUUCAGCCCAUAGACUUUGUUCCAAAUUCUCCCCGACAUGCAGUAGACUGGAGACAAGAGGAGAUUCCUGUGGUCAUUGCUGCAUCUGAAGACAGGCUUGGGGGGGCCAUUGCAGCCAUAAACAGCAUUCAGCAGAAUACUCGUUCCAACGUGAUUUUCUACAUUGUUACACUCAACAAUACAGCAGACCAUCUCCGGUCCUGGCUCAACAGUGAUCCCCUGAAAAGCAUCAGGUACAAAAUUGUGAAUUUUGACACUAAACUUUUGGAAGGGAAAGUAAAGGAGGAUCCUGACCAAGGUGAAUCCAUGAAACCAUUAACCUUUGCAAGGUUCUACUUGCCAAUUCUGGUUCCCAGUGCAAAGAAGGCCAUAUAUAUGGAUGAUGAUGUAAUUGUGCAAGGUGAUAUUCUUGCCCUUUUUAAUACACCACUGAAGCCAGGACAUGCAGCUGCAUUUUCAGAAGAUUGUGAUUCAGCCUCUACUAAAGUUGUUAUCCGUGGAGCAGGGAACCAGUACAAUUAUAUUGGCUAUCUUGACUAUAAAAAGGAAAGAAUUCGUAAGCUUUCCAUGAAAGCCAGCACCUGCUCAUUUAAUCCUGGAGUUUUUGUUGCAAACCUGACAGAAUGGAAACGACAGAAUAUAACCAACCAGCUGGAAAAAUGGAUGAAACUCAAUGUUGAAGAGGGACUGUACAGCAGAACACUGGCUGGGAGCAUCACAACACCUCCUCUACUCAUCGUAUUUUAUCAACAGCACUCCACCAUCGACCCUAUGUGGAAUGUCCGCCACCUUGGUUCCAGUGCUGGAAAACGAUAUUCACCCCAGUUUGUAAAAGCUGCCAAGUUACUGCAUUGGAAUGGACACUUUAAGCCAUGGGGAAGGACUGCUUCAUAUAUGGAUGUUUGGGAAAAAUGGUAUAUUCCAGAUCCAACAGGCAAAUUCAGCCUAAUCCGAAGAUAUACAGAGAUCUCAAACAUAAAAUGAAAUAGAAUUUAAACUAUAAGCUUUUCUCAGGAAAUCCUGCAAGACAGUAUGUGUGGGAAGUAACAGUUGCUAGGCUUCAUCAAUGCCUAUCUGUAACAACCCAUGGAAAAACCAGAUAGACUAUAAGUAUGUCUCCAUCUGCUUUACCAAGUGUUUUCUUACUAUAAUGCUGAAUGACCAGAAGAAUGGACUUACAUGGUUGAUAUAGCUAGUUCAGCUAGCUUACCAGCUAAUUCGAAACUGCUGCUUGGUUUUAAUUUUGGAACCUAUGGCUGACUGUAAAUAGAACUUUGAUUUUUCAAUACGUA